CUUUUUUUUUCACCGGGGCGCGCCGCCGCUGCCACUAAACUUCCCCCCACCAUCGUGCUGUGGCCCGCUGUCUUUUUUACUUUUUGGCUCCAGACGAUCACUGACGUCGCUGCUGACGGUGGGAAAAACACAGGCGCCCAUUUUCCCUUUCUUUCGUGCCGAAUUCUUCAUUUCUCUUCUUUCUUCAUUCACGAUCUUACUUGUGUUUCUCUCUGCUUCUGCUUUUUGCUCACCACGUUAAAGCAGAUACCGCAAGCUUCGUCAUCUUCACUACUACGACUGCGUAGCGACACCGCCGCCCGCCCACGUUUCCGCAUUCAGCUACACCACACAAUACACUGUGGGGGAUAUCUUUGGCUGUGAACGCUGGGAAUUGUUCAACACCACCACCGCACUGUUCGCGAUACUUCGUCGUCUAUUUAAUCGCAAGCACCAGAAAUAUCCAUCGCACAUUUUUGGUGUAUAAUCUGGCCUCACCAGACUGCUGCCAGCCCGCUUGUUACUCUCCACCGCGAGCUGCCGCUGCUUUUCUUCACGUGGCGUUUGACUCCUACCGGCGAAGAGAUAAGACUCGCAGCCCAGAGCAAUAAUUUUCUUUUCGUAUUGUUCAAUACCCUAGAAGGGUCGUCUCAAUUUACUGCUUACUCAGAAUCAAUUGCCGAUAGCCUCGUGCCUGGCACCUUCGACUAAGCGACUUCUUCUACCACGAACCUCCCCCGCACCACCAAGCAAACAUUUCUCCAGCAUCAUGACUCCCACACCACCAUCCACAAACUCCUCAGGGGGCCGCUCUCCCGAGGAGAGCUUUCGCGUUGUGCGAAAGAGAAAUAGAGUCCCACUGAGCUGCUACCCAUGCAGAACUAGAAAAUUGAAAUGCGAUCGCCAACAUCCUUGCAGCAACUGCACAAAACGAGAAGGAGACGGUACGUCAGCAUGUACAUAUGCCGCACCAGUCUCCUCCAAGAGAAGUCAGAAUGUCGCCGACAUGAGCCCCGACGACAUGCAGAACAGGAUAGACAGAUUAGAAGGGCUUGUUUUGUCGCUCAUGCAUAAUGGCAGCAGCAGCUCAGAAGGCCCCUCGACGGGCGACACAAGGCAUCAGUCCAUGUCGCAGUCUGCUAGUGGCUCAUCUGUCAAGAUGGAGCAGGAUGAGGAUCUGCAGGCAGUAGAAGAGAGCGACGACGAAGAAAGUCUGUCGAAAUCGCUGGGCUUCCUCAAGGUCGACCCCGCAAAGGGCAAGUCCAUGUACAUUGGCGCAGAGCACUGGCAUACCAUUCUCGCAGACAUUGCCGACGUCAAGAAUUACUUUAGCACGCACAAGGAGGAGAUGGAGUCGAGUUACGAAAAGGUCAAGUCGUCAAAAACAAUGUCGGCCCGCGAAGGCCCAACGCUGCUCUUUGGUGCUAUCCCAGCAUCAGAAAUCGAGCUUCGCAACGGCCUGCCCCUCAAGCACACCGUUCUCGCGCUCUGCAGUCGCUACUUCAACUCCAUGGACAACGCGGUGAGCGUCAUCCACGGCCCGACGUUCAUUGAGCAGCUCAAGACACAUUGGAAAGACCCGUCGAAAACACCCAUGAUGUGGCUUGGCCUCCUCUAUUCCGUCUUGUGUCUCGCUAUGCUCAGUUACGGCAAGGUUGGCGACGAGCCAGGCGAGUACAGAGGCAAGACGACCGAAAUGGCCGAAGAGUUCCGCCUGCGCACUGUCCAGUGCCUCAUGAAGGCCGACUACACCCGUCCCGUCGACUACACCGUCGAAACCAUGCUUCUCUAUCUCCUAGGCGAGUAUACAUCACGCUGGGACGCCGACCUGGGUCUCUGGAUGAUUCACUCCAUGGUCAUCCGCGUCGCCUACCGCAUGGGCUACCACCGAGACGCCAAAUCCUUUCCCAACAUCUCGCCCUUCCAAGCCGAAAUGCGCCGCCGCACAUGGUGCCUCAUGCGCAUGACAGACAGCAUGUUCUCGCACCAAGUGUCACUCCCCUCCAUGAUCAACCCCGAAGAAUGCGACACCCUCCCACCAAGCAACCUCAACGACGACGACCUCAGCUUCGACAUGCUGCAGCCCCCCACGCCGCGCCCGCUCUCCGAACCAACCCCCAUCUCCUACAUGAUCUGCAAGGCCCAGCUCGUCUCUGAAGUCGGCAACAUCCUCUCCUCCACGCACAAGAUCAAGCAGGCCAUGCCGUACGACGACAUCCUGCGCUUCGACGCCAAGCUCCUCCAAGUCAUGCAGGAGAUGCCGCCGCACCUCAAGCUCACGGGCAACGAGUCCCUCAGCGACCCCGUCACCCUCGUCGUCGCGCGCUACAACGUCAGCGUGCUCUACCAGAAGAUCCUGUGCAUGCUGCACCGGCACUACGUCAAGCGCGCGCGCACCAACCCGCGCUACGCCCACUCCCGCCGCCGCGCCAUCGACGCCUCCAUGCAGGCCAUGGAGCACCUGGCCACGCUGUACCGCGAGUCGUCCCAGCCCAACGGCAAGCUGCGCUCCAUCAACUGGUACAUCAAGUCCAUUGCCACCAAGGACUUUACGCUGCCCGCCAUGCUCAUCAUCCUCGACCUGCACUACGACAACCUCGCCAUCCAGAGUAACUCGCCGCAGGACCACGACGGCGCGUUCCUCUGGGACACGGAGCAGCGCGCCAAGAUGAUUGCCGUGCUCGAAAACGCCCGCGGCAUCUGGAAGAGCCUGGCCACCUCGUCCAUGGAGGCGUUUAAGGCGUCCAAGGUUGUCGAGCUCAUGAUUGACAAGAUUCGCACACCGCCUACUAGUACUGAGGCGUCACCUGCUGCGCCGUUUGAUAUGGGUAUCGAUGGCAACUUGGACUUUGCCAUAAACACAACGGCACCGGGCAUGAUGGAAGCGCCGGCGGGUAUGCAGGGCUUUGGCACGGCGAAUCCGUUUGCUAAUGCGUCGGUGGAUGCGUUUGCGGGGAUGGGUAUGGACUUUGGCCUGCCGCCGAUGAAUUAUCAGGAUAUUCAGAUGAAUGGGGCGGGGGGCGCCAUGUCGCCGCUGUCCAUGUUUACGACGCUUGAUCAGGGCAUCGAGACGGCGUCGACGGCGGAGCUGAAUGCCAACUUUGACUGGUCGGCGUUUGAGAAUUAUGCGCAAAUGUCGAAUUGGGCUACGGACCAGAGUUUCCAGAUUUAUGCAAAUCAGAUGACGGAGGAUGCGUCGCCUGGCUCGGGGGCCGGGUCGACGGGGCAGCAGUAAAGUGUGCGAUCGUGGAAUGAUAUAGUGAAGAGUGAUUGUUGGAGGAUGUGGGAUUUUGUAUAAUAGUAUAAUGAGGGCGUAGAUGGAAAAUAGGGCAUACGAGACAAUCUUCAAUCUGUCAGGCGUUUUAUAUACUUUUGAAAUGAUU